AUGGGACCAUCGCAGAGCCAGGAUACGUCUCUGGCACUCGUUUUUUCCCCUAUCUCUCAGCUCUCCUCAACCCCCAUAACCUCUUCCUCUCUUGUGGAUGCAUGCGGCGUUUCGAAUGUGACGAGCGAGAGUACGCAGCAGAAAUCUGGGCAGAUGCCAUUACAGUGCAGUGAUUUUCACCUUCGGAACGCGAAUUCGGCGGACGUCCGCGAGGAAAGUAUGGACCUGGAGACUCUAACUUCCGCACCGCUGCCUAGAAAUGCUAACAUCAACAUCAAAAAAGGUAACAAACGAUCUCAUUUUGAAUCGGAAGGCAAUUCGCAAGCUGUGUUGUCAGAUGCGGAAUCUGAACUCUCAACCCCCCUCUCCGCUUCAUCGCGAGCGACGGACCGUGGGAAUCCUCCUCGUCACGAAAUGGCGAAAUCGCGCAGGACCGAGGAAAAGACGAAUGUAUACUCUAAUCAAGAUACACCCUCGUACGCAGUGCAUAUUCACGCGCUCGUUAAUAAUCGAGCUAGCUUACCGCACCCAAUGAAAAUGUUCGCGCAAGUGGGAAGGGUCAUGCCGGCAGCAGACAUACUGGAAAUGAAAAAGCUUGGAAAUGGUAAGAUUCUCGUCGAUUGCAAAUCUGCCUCUGCCGCCAAUAAUUUGGCUACCAAUCCCAUGCUCGCUUCUAUCAAUUACAAGGCAGUCAUACCAAAUUACAGGAUUUCUCGCUCUGGCCUGGCCAAAGAACAAAAGGAGGUGAGAGCACAACAUCAAGAACGUGCUGUUGACUUUUUAUCAAGGGAAUUAAAAGUUUACAGUCUGAAAGAUGCUGAAGAACGGGUUUUUUUUAUUUCUGCAAAAGAAACUCUUCAGGCUCGUAUGCAAGAACAACGUGGACAACCUGCUCAUAAUGGUGCGCUGGCAGAAGGUUUCCAAAAUCGAUACUUUGAAUUUCAAGACUUUGAAAGAAAAUUUGAAGAAUGCAUCUCAAAAUCUGCAGUAAAGACUAAAUUUGAACAACACUCUCAGCGUGGCAAACAUAUCGCAACGGAAAUACGUCAAGUAUUGGAUGAGAUUUUAGAACGAACACAAAAAAUGCGAAGCGAACAAUUAAAUGUUAAAAAAGAGGUUCAUGAUAAGCUAGAGUUUACAGAGCAACAAUUGCUGCUGUUAACUCAGGAAAUGAAGGAUAAAAUUCAUCAUAUGGUAGAAGAUGUAGAACAAAAAGUUUCUAAAGCGUUAAACGAAGAAAUUCGGCGACUAUCCGUUCUAAUAGACGAAUAUAGUGUACCAUUUCAUCCUGACCCACUUGUUUUGAAUGUAUAUAAGCGGGAACUUCAUACACAUGUAGAAAGUGGUUUAGGAUCAAAUUUACGAGCCAGACUCAGCACUGCUGUAGCAUUAAACAUAGAAAAUUCGCAGCGAGAAAUGACCGAAAGAAUGUCAAGCUUAUUGCCCGAAAACAAACAACAAAUAUCGCUUAACUUUUUACCGCGACGGGAACAAUUUGAAAUGCUUUAUCGACUAAAUUGCGACAAUUUAUGUGCAGAUUUUCAUGAAGAUUUAGAAUUCCGUUUUUCAUGGGGUUUUACAGCAAUAAUCAACAGAUUUGCAGGAAAACAGAGUCAGAGAUUAACCAUUGCUAAUUAUCCGCAAGAGAUUCCGCCAUGUAUCACGUCACCUGCAGAUAGCAUAGAUUCUCUCAAAUUUGUUUCAAAUACACCAAAUUUUUCUACAAGAUCUGAGGAUUGGUGUUUAGCUACUCGUAUAGCAGUUGCAUCUGUAACAUCGCAGGGUACAAUGGGUGGUCUUAUUGUUGCCGGCUUUAUGUUAAAAACAGUAGGUUGGAGAUUAAUUGCUAUAACUGGUGCUGUAUAUGGUGCUUUAUAUCUCUAUGAACGUCUAACAUGGACUAAUAAAGCAAAGGAACAUGAAUUUAAGCGACAAUAUGUUGCGCAUGCUACUAAGAAACUACGAUUAAUUGUAGAUCUUACUUCAGCAAAUUGCAGCCACCAAGUGCAACAAGAACUCUCCAGCACAUUUGCAAGGCUCUGCCAUUUAGUAGAUGAAACAACAUCUGAGAUGGAUACCGAACUUAAAACCAUAGCGAAUACUUUAGCAGUAUUGGAAAAAGCAGCAGCUAAAGCAAAGCAUCUUCGAAACGAGGCUAAUUUUUUAAUAAAUGAGCUUGAUACGUUUGAUGCAGCUUAUUUAAAACCUUUGAAUUAAAUGAAUAAUCGAUUUUGUACACAUUUAAAUUUGAAUGUCUUAAAAUUGUGUAGUGUUUUGUAGGAAUACUUAUAUGUGAUAUUAUUGUUCAAAUGUCUAUAAUUUGUUUUUAAUCUAAAAAUAGUAAUUAACGUCUUAUAUGACAAUAUAAUGAUAGACAUUUAUAUGCAUACAUAUACAUUUAUGUUUUCAGCUUAUAAUUUAGUGCGGUUAUUUAAUCCUUUAUUAACAUGAAAAAUAUAAUUUCUAUAUUAGAUAAGUAAGAUAAGUAAACGGACAAGUUGUAUUUAAAUGUACGAUAUGAGACACAAUCUCUUAAAAAAAUACUAAAGGAAUGUUUAUACCUAAUAAAAACUCUUAAUGUGCAGAAAA